AUGCCAAACUUAGUUGGUAUCUACAUAUUUUGUGGCAACGAAGCGUUCCAUACAGAAUGGACAACAAAUUGGCCGAAGAUUAAACUUGUCUCAACCAAAAUUGAGUCAAUAUGUAAUGCAAUGCAAAAGGAACUAAUCGACAGUAUACCAAAGAAGGAUACAGCGUUGCCAGUAGAGGAGAAGAAGGACAAGUCCAAGGAACAAACACCGAAUCCAGAGUUGCCAGUAAAGGAAGACACGUCCAAGGAAGAUACGCUCAAGGAAGAUACGCCCAAUAAACAAACAACUAAUCCAGAGUUGCCAGUAAAGGAAGACACGCCCAAGGAAGAUACGCCCAAUAAACAAACAACUAAUCCAGAGUUGCCAGUAAAGGAAGACACGCCGAAGGAAGAUACGCUCAAGAAACAAACAACUAAUCCAGAGUUGCCAGUUGAGGAAGACACGCUCAACGAACAAGUACCAAAUCCACAGUUGCUAGCAAAAGAAAACGAAGACCAUAUCCUAGGUCCAGAGCUCAACCAGGAGGAAUCUGAAAACACGGAUGAUACAGACAGUGUUGCUAGUGAAUCUAAUGCUGGUGAAUCUAAUGCUGGUGAAUCUAAUGCUAGUAAAUCUGUUGCUGUUGAAUAUGUUGCUAGUAAAUCCGUUGCUGGUGAAUCUAAUGCUAGUGAAUCUGUUGCUAGUAAAUCUGUUACUGGUGAAUCUAAUGCUGGUGAAUCUGUUACUGGUGAAUCUAAUGCUGGUGAAUCUGUUACUGGUAAAUCUGUUGCUGGUGAAUAUGUUGCUAGUAAAUCCGUUGCUGAUGAAUCUAUUGCUAGUAAAUCCGUUACUGGUGAAUCUGUUAUUAGUGAAUCUGUUGCUAGUAAAUCUGUUGCUGGCAAUUUAAAUGAUACACCACUGUUCAAAAAGAAUGCGAUAUUUAUCAGUGGUUUACCAUCGACUAUGAUAGAACAGCUUCUGUUCAAUACACUAUAUGAUGAAUUUGGUACUGUUGGUCCAAUUAAAAUUGAUACGCAAACAAAGAAAUCAUGCGUCUUUUUAUUUAGAAGUAAGAAGAAUAAUGAUGAACUGAGUGGUAAUGCGGAGAUCACAUUUGAGAAUGAAGAAGCAGUAGAAGAAGCAAUUAAAAAAUAUAACCAAAUGUGUGUACUGACGUUAAAUAAUGCUCGAAUUGGUGUGAAACAGUCGAAAAUGAAAUCUGCUGUAUUACCACAACGACAACUAGAACUAGUUCUACCAUUACCAAGCGAAGUGCUCAGUGACGAGGAAUCUGAAAGCACAGAUGAUACAAACAGUGUUGCUAGCGGAUCUCUUGUUGGCGAGCCUGGUGUUAACAAACCUGGUAAUCACACACCUAAUGUUGGGGGUCUUGCUAAUGGAGGACUGUUCAAAAAGAAUGCGAUAUUUAUUAAUGGUCUACCUUCGACUAUAGAGGAGCAACUUCUGUUCGAUACACUAUGGGAUGAAUUUAGCACAAUUGGUCCAAUCAAAAUUGAUAAACAAACAAAGGAACCAUCCAUCUGUUUUGUUAAAAACCAACAGCGCAACCAGGAAGAAUCUGAAAACACAGAUAAUACAGAUAGUAUUGCUAGUGAAUCUGUUGCCGACGAUUUAAAUGAUGUACCAAUGUUCAAAAAGAAUACAGUAUUUAUCAGUAGUUUACCAUCGACUAUGCCGGAGCAGCUUCUGUUUGAUACACUACAGAAUGAAUUUGGUACUGUUGGCCCAAUUAAAUUUGAUAAACGAAGAAACAAAUCGUCCAUUCAUUUAUUUAAAAAUAAAAAUAAUAAUGCCCAACUAACUGGCUGUGCAGAGAUCACAUUUAAAAAUGAAGAAGCAGUAGAAGAAGCAAUUAAAAAAUACAACCGUAAUUUUCAAUCAAGUUGUGUAUUCAGGAGUACAAAAUAUUUAUCAUAUCUAUUGUAG